AUGCGGAACAAGCAGAUUUCGGCGCUGUUGAACUUGGUGGCCGUGACAAAGACGAUGAUGAAGGAGAUGCCGGAGGAGGAUAAGAGAAACGUGAAAGACGCGAUUCGAACGAUGGUGGAUUAUGUGGAUGAUGAAACAUGCAAACGACGACUCCAGCGAAUGAUUAUGUGAAUUAGGUGAUUUGUGUGUGUCUUUC